GUAAUUCUGAAGGAGCGUGAGGAAAGAAAGAAAAAAAGGUUGCUGGAGGAACAAGGUUUAUCUCCCUCCAAUCCAGAGUUUCAGGACACAACAUUGACUGCUGAAGAGGAACCCUGUGAUCUGGAUCAACCUCAUUCUCCAGGUGAGAUCAGCAAUCUUGUCACUGAUGGCCCAGAAGAAGAGCAGCCUCAAGAUGAGCCUCAAGAGCAGCCUCAAGAGCAGCCUCAAGAGCAGCCUCGUGAAAAUACCCUGCUGGAGGCUAACAUUCCUUGUCACCCCAAAAUCCACAGUAGAAAAUUCCGAGACUACUGUAGCCAGGUCCUGAGUAAGGAUGUGGAUGAAUGUGUGACCAGCCUGCUGAAGGAGCUUGUUCGCUUUCAGGACCGCCUUUACCUGAAAGAUCCCCGCAAGGCACGCAUGAAACGCAGGCUGGUCAUGGGUCUGCGGGAAGUUCUCAAGCAUCUCCGGCUUCAUAAAGUCAAAUGUGUCAUCAUCUCACCCAACUGUGAGCGCAGUCAGUCCAAAGGUGGUCUGGAUGAAGCUCUCUACACCAUCAUUAAUACAUGCCGGGAGCAAGACAUUCCCUUUGUGUUCGCCCUUUCUAGGAAGGCUCUGGGUCGAUGUGUGAACAAAGCCGUUCCUGUCAGUCUGGUUGGCAUAUUCAACUAUGAUGGAGCGCAGGACCUCUACCAUAAAAUGAUUGAGCUAUCGUCUGAAGCAAGAGUGGCCUAUGAUGUUAUGGUUGCAAGCCUGGACGACAAAUCCCAAGAUCAGCAAGAAAACUUAAGUGAACCAGCUAGUAAUGAGUCUUCAUCUAUUUCACUUUGUACUGAAGAACCAGCAUACAUUACAGUGUGGAAGAAAAUGCUUGAAAAGGGAUACAAUGACCCAUCGUUGGACGGACACGAGAGGUUUGCCAGGAUCACCACUGAUGAGGAUUUAGAGCCAGUGGCCCAAACUAUGACUACUUGAUGACUGCUAGACACCAGAUGAACUAGCGGUCAAAAACAGGAUGAACCUUGUGUGCCUCAGAAUGACUGGAAGAAUGCAGAGAAUGUGAUUUAGUAGACACAAUAUACACUCAGAAACAAGUAGAAUUGCCUUUGUGAAAGACUGGUUAUUGUGAAGAAUUUAAUUUGUUUUUUUAGAUUGUAAACCUGUUAAAUGUGGAAUAAAGUACAAGGAAUAACUGAA